CUUGGCCAAGGACAGACUCACUGAGCGCUAUAAAUAAAUCGCUGUGUGGAAAAUGUGUCGCAUACCGUAUUAAUCAGGACGGCUGCGCGCUCGCUCAAUCAACCUCCAAUCAGUGUGCGCCAUUUAGGGCAGCCUGUACUACUGGUUUCUGUUAUCUCGUAGUAAUGCUCUGUGUUUCCUAUUGUCUGGGUUUCACAUCCUCUUCUUGUGCCGCCCCGGGCUGCGUAUCAUCUGUUGCCGCCUAAUUGCUCGGCAUCGUGCCAGCCUGUGUUAGGACGUUAAGGCAUUGUUCUGCUAUCGUCUCUUAAGAUAAGACGCAGUGAAUAAGGUGUGGUUUAGGGUUGGUGCUUUAGCUCCGACUCCAGCCGUCGUUCCCACAAUCCGCUCAGCGGGGCGUCAGUGAGCGUCACGCGCGUCAGAGGAGCUCUGCUCUGAUGCACGCGGCAGACUGACGAGCUCAUUUCGGAGCGAGAGCCGGAUGCUGCGGUCGCCAUGGCUGUGAACGUCGCCGGGGUGGUCGUGAUGGUCCUAUUUUAUCUCCUGGUCCUCGGGACCGGAGUGUGGGCCUCCUUUAAAUCCCGACGAGAGGCGAAGAAGACGCGGGGAGACAUGACGGAGAUGACGCUGCUUGGGAACCGCGGAAUCAGUCUGGUGGUCGGCAUCUUCACCAUGACCGCUACCUGGGUGGGGGGGGGCUUCAUCGUUGGGACGGCGGAGGCGGUCUACAACCCCUCCAUGGGGCUGAUCUGGGCCGUGAUGCCUGUCACAGCCACGCUCUGCUUCCUCGUUGGGGGCGUGUUCUUCGCCGGCCCAAUGAGAGACAACCGUUACGUCACGAUGAUGGAUCCUUUCCACAUCAAGUAUGGCAGCGUUACCACGGCAACGCUGGCUGUUGCGGCGCUGGCCUCAGAGGUCAUGUGGGUCGCAGGGACCCUGAUCGGUUUGGGUGUCACCAUGUCGGUGAUCCUGGACCUGUCCUACAGCGUCAGUAUCUGGAUCAGUGCUGCCGUGGCAAUCAGCUACACACUGCUGGGAGGGCUGUACUCAGUGGCCUACACCGACGUCAUCCAGCUUGUCCUCAUCUUCAUCAGCCUGUGGCUGUGCGUCCCGUUCGCUAUGAUGAGCCCAGCUGCUGCUGACAUCACGGUGACUGCAUUCAACAACUCCUUCCAGCCCCCCUGGGUUGGCACUCUGGACUCAGGGGGGGUGUGGCUGUGGAUAGACAACUUCCUGCUGCUGGGCUUAGGUAACCUGGGUCUGCAGAACUUCCACCAGAGGACGUUGUCAGCGUCUUCAUCAGCGACCGCCAAGACCUGCUGCUUCGCCGCCGCCUUCAUCGUCCCCACUCUGGGCAUCCCCCCCAUCCUACUGGGAGCUGUGGCGGCUUCUACAGACUGGAACUUGACUGCCUAUGGUUCCCCGUCUCCUUACGAGCGUGGACAGACGGGUAUGAUCCUGCCCAUCGCCCUGAGCUACCUCACCCCCUCCUACAUCUCUAUCAUCGGCAUCGGCGCCGUGGCGGCGGCUGUGAUGUCGUCCACCGACUCGGCCUUGUUGUCCGCUGCCUCCAUCUUCUCCUCGAGCAUCUACAAGAACAUCCUGAGAACACAGGCCUCGGAUAGGGAGGUCCAGCUGGUGAUCCGGGCAUCGGUGGUGCUGGUGGGCCUGCUGGGGACGGCCCUCACCUUCCAGGACAGCAGUGUUCUGCUCAUGUGGAUGCUGAGGUCCGACCUCACCUACACCUUCAUGUUGCCCCAGCUCGUCUGCGUGCUGUUCUUCAGCGUAUCCAACGGAUACGGGGCUGUGUUGGGCUGCUUCACGGGGGUGCUGCUGAGGCUGCUGUGUGGGGAGCCCCUGCUGGGGAUUCAACCAGUCAUCCAUUUCCCAGGAUGCACUCUGGUGGACGGUGUGUAUGUUCAGUACUCCCCCAUAAGGACCAUCUGCAUGCUGUCGUCUCUGGCUGCCAUCUUGUCCUUCUCCUGGCUGUCCUCCCGGCUGUUCAAAGCCGGCCUUCUGCCUGCCUGCUGUGAUGUCUUCAACGUCCACCGCAAACAGCCACCAGGGGCCGCCAAAGUCCCGGGGGAGGACCUCAGCACCAAGGCCUUGGAGCAUGAAGCCUCCGAAGUUUCUGAACCCAUGUUAGAUUCCACAUGUUAGAGUCUACAUGUUAGAUUCCACUUGUUAGAGUCCACCUGUUAGAAUCCACAUUUGAAGGUACUCGCACGCUGCCCAAACAAACACCGAACCCCCAACUGGAGAACGCUGGCUGCUCCCCCGUCUCACUUCAGACGCUAGUUUAACUUCUAGUUAGACAAGCUCAAAUCUGGGUUAGUUAACCUCCAGUCAGACGAGCUCUAGUCUGAGUUAGUUUAACCUCUAGUCAGACAAGCUUUAGUCUGGGUUACCUUAACCUCUAGUCGGACGAGCUCUAGUCUGGGUUAGUUUAACCUCUAGUCAGACGAGCUCUAGUCUGGGUUAUCUUAACCUCUAGUCAGACAAGCUCUAGUCUGGGUUAGUUUAACCUCUAGUCAGACAAACUCUAGUCUGGGUUAGUUUAACCUCCUGUCAGACGAGCUCUAGUCUGGGUUACUUUAACCUCUAGUCAGACGAACUUUAGUCUGGUGCUGUGUCUGAAAUCGCGCACUUACGUAAGUACAGUACACUUAUAGGCGCAGUGCUCUCAUUUCUACAGUACACUGUCAAAACAGCCUUCGCGCACCUACCGGAAAUUAGUUUGCAGUUUGACGGUUCUUCUUCUGUGGUAUUUUUUUUUCAGCUUGAUCAUUUUCGUUAGUCGCCUGUAUGAGCGAUCUAGCAGUAUUCACGGUAUCGUUCUUGAUACCAACUCAUUACAGAAUUAACAACAUAAAAACACUGUUUGGAUACAGCCCAAAACAUUGUAGUUGUACUGAAAAACGAACCAAAUAUGUGUAAUUUAUUUACAUUUGUAGAGCACGUCGAUCUCAAAUGUUACAAUUUGAGCGUUACUCUAAGCGUCUUAGAGUACCAUAUUAAGCGCUAUAUAAAUGUUAUUUAUUAUUAUUACAAUGUCCUCCAUUUUUCCAUUUGAAAUUUCCGCCCCCUCCGCUACGCAGACAAGAUGGCGGCCGUUGAGGGUGGAAAGUGUCCAUCGGUCCACACGCAAGUUUUAGAUCGUUUUGAGUGCGCCACCGAGGUACUUCCAGUGCACUGCGUUUUAGCACACUCUCUGUUUUUGCUCAAAGUGCACUCAAAAAGUAAGUGUAAGUAUAGAAGUGAGCGAUUUCAGACACAGCAUGAGUUAGUUUAACCUCUAGUCAGACAAGCUCUAGUCUGGGUCAACUGCCGUUUCACUUUCAUUCACUUCCUAUUUGUGCCUGUAAACACUUAAUUAGCAAACACAAAGUCAGCCUAACCUCAGAAACUUUUGUGUGUACAUAAAAGGUUUCUACUGAAGGGGAUUAUGGCCACAUUUGAUUUCUCAUUUUGAGUUCAGUUUCAACUGAGACUUAAAAGUGUUGGGGGACCAUGGAGCGUGGGGUUCCCCUCCGGUAUGUUCCUAAAUCACUCACUGGAUUCGGUUCCUUGCAGGUAGCCUAUCUGUAAUUCAGACUUUAUUCUUGACUCAAACUCAAAAAUAAAAUUCCCAUGUGGCCCUAAUCCUUACCUUGUGGAAAUGAUGAUUAGAACCCUGUGGAAGGGUCAUGCUCAGCCCUCCAUGGUGGGCCCUGGCCUCGUCUCUGAGCCGUCUCCCCGGGAUGUUCUGCUUGAUCGGAGCAGGACUUGGGACCAGAGGUUCUGCUGGAUAUUAGGACUCUGGACCAGAGGUUCUGCUCGAUUAGAGGUUCUUCUGGAUUCUGGAAGGACUCUGGAUCAGAGGUUCUGCUGGAUUCCAGGGACUCUUGACCAAAGGUUCUGCUGGAUUCCAGGGACUCUGGAUCAGAGGUUCUGCUGGAUCGUAGCAGGACUCUGGAUCAGAGGAUCUUCUGGAUUCUAGGACUCUGGACCAGAUGUUCUAAUGGAUUCUAGGACUCUGGAUCAGAGGUUCUGCUGGAUUCUAGCAGGACUCUGGAUCAGUGGUUCUGCUGGAUCAGAGGUUCUUCUGGAUCAGAGGUUCUGCUGGAUCGGAGCAGGACUCUCUCUCCCCCCCCCCCCCCCCCCCCCGUGAUUGGUACGACAGCGUGCAGUGCCUUCGCUCUACAGAUUACUUUAAACUACAUUUCAUUUUCAUUUUCUACUGGUACCUUGUUGCUUCGAAGAGGAGGACUUUUAAGGGCGUUUUUGUAUACUUUUAUAUGAAAUUGAAAUCCACGACGACAAUAGUACAACUCAUUUGUUUUGCCUGGUAACGCGAUGCCCUAAAUACUCGGGUUACCUGGUGAGAGCGACGUUCAAUAAAAAUGGAACAAUAAAUAAAAAGACAAUAAAUCAUUUUCCAUA